AUGAUAAUGCAAAAUUUUUUACAACUUUUAAGAUACAAAUUCUCUACUUUUGAUGUUCUUUCAAAUUCUUCGCCAAAUAAAGAAGAGUUUUCCCCACACUGUCCGUUAGAUUUGCCGCUAACAUGCCAAAACACAACUCAACAGUUAGAUAGUUGUUGCUUUGAGUAUCCAGGUGGUGUUUUCUUACAGACACAAUUUUGGAAUUAUAGACCUUCCAAACCAGGUUUAAAUGAAACCGAAAUCAUCAGUGAAAUAGGUCCCUUAGACUCCUUUACAGUUCAUGGAUUAUGGCCUAAUAAUUGUUUUGGUUCAUAUGAACAAUUUUGUGAUCCCUCACUAUUUAUUGAUGAUGUAUACUACUUGUUACGUGAAAGCAAUGAUACUAUUCCCUUAUACCAUUUUAUGAAAACUUUUUGGAAAGGUCUUGUUAUUGGAGACGAUGAAUCACUUUGGAUACAUGAAUUCAAUAAGCAUGGUAGUUGUAUUAAUACAAUAAAACCAAGUUGUUAUAGUCGUUGGGAGAAUAUAUCUGCAAUGUCAUUAAGUGAUGAAAAUAUUAUUAACGAGAAGGAAAGAAAGAAUCACAGUGAAAAGAAUAAGUUUAAGAAUAGGGCAGUUAUUGAUUACUUCAAUAUAACAAAAAAUUUAUUUCAAAAAUUAGACACAUAUAAGAUUUUAAAGGAUUCGAAUAUUGUUCCUUCUUUAGACAAAUGUUAUACAAGAGAUGAGAUAUCGAAAGCAUUGAAGAAAGGUUUUGAAAAUCAUGAGGUUUUUUUCAAUUGUAAUAAGGAUAAUGAAUUACAUGAAAUCUGGUAUUUCCAUCACUUGAAAGGAUCAUUAUUAGAAGAAACUUUUAUUCCAAUAGAUUGCUCACAAAACCCACCCUAUUCUAGAUGCAAGAAAGAAGGAAUUAAGUAUUAUCCAAAAGGUUAUUAUCCAUCAAAAGGAACAGAAAAGACAGAAUAA